AUGCCAAUAUUUGUCAUAACCGUAGUAUCAACUGUAUUCUUCAUCUCCAUCAUUCAUACCACUACAUACUUCACGCUUACUUAUUCUUUAUAUACACCAACUGUAAAUAAAAAUGUAGAUCCUGAUAUUUGGAAUUUAACAAUUAUUCAUACAAACGAUGUUCACUCACAUUAUGAUCAAAUUAAUGAAGAAUUCACGGAUUGUACAACGAAGCAAUUCGAAGAGAACGGGUGUUUUGGUGGAAUCGCUAGACAUAAGACUGUAAUUGAUAUGUUGAGAAGAGAGAAUAAAAAUUCAUUGCUUUUGGAUGGAGGAGAUCAGUUUCAAGGUACUUUAUUCUUUACACAUUACAAUGGAAUGUUAAGUUCUGAAGUUUUGGCCAUUGGAAACCAUGAAUUCGAUAACGGUCCAGAAACACUUGCUGCCCACUUCGAACAAUUAAACAUGCCAAUUGUGUGUGCGAAUAUAAAUACAACAUUAAAUCCUUUACUUGGAGCGUACAUAAAACCAUAUCAUAUAUUUGAAGAAUAUAAUAUUGCUGUUAUCGGUUAUAUAACAGAAUAUGAAUUUUCCAACGCGGGUUCGACCAUAUCAUUCACUGAUCCAAUUUCUACAGUUCAACAUUACGUUGAUGAAAUACAUUCAUUAGGAAUUAACAGAAUUUUAACACUUUCUCAUCUCGGAUACAAAUUUGAUAAAAAAUUAGCGGCAAAAACUCAUGGUAUUGCUGUGCAUAUUGGAGGGCAUAGUCAUAGUUUUCUAUCUAACGAUGCCACUUCAAAGGAUUAUUCAUUAAUAGAAGGACCAUAUCCUACUGUUGUCAAGAAUGCUGAAGAAGAAGAUACAUUGAUUGUGCUGGCAUUCUGGUCCGGAAAAUAUAUAGGACAUUUAGAUAUCUCAUUUAACAAAGCCGGAAAACUUGUCGCUUAUUCCGGUGCACCAAUCCUGAUUGAUCAAUCAAUUCCUCAAGACCUUGGCCUGGCUAACUUAGUAAGCCAAUGGCGAUCUCCAUUUGAUAAAUAUACAAACAUUACAAUCGGCAAUGCAAUAGACGCGUUUGAUCAAUCUAAAUGUCAGACAGAAGAAUGUACGAUCGGAAAUCUGAUCGCAGACUCAUUCCUUUGGUAUUUUCAACGAGAUACUAGCAGCAAAUUAAAAGCGAAUGUUUCCAUUUUAAAUGCUACUAAGUUUGACACUAUGAAAAUAAAUGCUGCAAUCAUAAAUGCCGGAGGGAUCAGAGCUGGACUAUCGGAAGGGCAUAUUACAAAAGCAAACAUUCUGACCAUUUUACCAUUCAAUAAUUCUCUGGUGAUUUUACCCUUAACUGGAAAAGACAUUUCAGAUGUGUUAGAAACGGUAGUAGGAAGAUCACGUAAUAUUAUUUCAGGAAAAAGAGUCAGUAGUUUUAUUCAAGUUUCUGGAAUCAGGUUUAAAUAUGAUAGUAGCAAACCGAUAUUUGAGAGAUUGAUUGAAAUAAAGAUUUGGAAUUGGAAUACCAAAAUGUUUGAGUCAAUCGCGAGCGAUAAAAUUUAUGAAAUUGCUACUAUUGAUUUUAUUGCAAACGGUGGUGAUGGGUUGCUUCCAUAUCCAGUUCUAGGAUUAAUUCCUUUUGACACAGAAAAUAAGAUAUUAACAAGUUACAUCCUUGAUCAAAAAAAUAUAUUACCUUAUCUAGAUGGUCGUAUACAAGAUAUUGCUAUAUUGAACAAAUAA